AUGAGUCUCAUGAGCAUCACCCCGCAAGAGAAGGCGUAUCAGCUGGCGCAUCCGAACGAAAGCAGCGUGCCCGGCCUCAUAACAUGGAAUAUCGUCGGUCUAUGUGUUGUUGAAGUGGCAGUCAUCCUACGAUUUUGGGCGAGGAAGAUCCAGAAGACGCCAUACAAAGCCGACGACUAUGUCCUUAUGGUUGCUGCGGUUCUGGUAAUAGGUCAUUGUGUUUGCGUGGUUUUAAAUAUAAAGAACGGGUUUGGCCACCACACCCUGACGGUCACGCCGGCGCAAUCGAGAGUCCGAGGAAGAGUCGGAUACGCUUACGGAUUCAUCUACAACACCACCUUCCCCAUCUCCCGCAUUGCCCUCGUCCUCCUCUACAAAAGGAUCUUCAACGUGAAAUUAUGGUUCCAAUACGCCUGCUGGUUCAUGAUCGCCGCCUACUGCGGCUACAUGAUCUCCUGGAUAGUCGUCGUAGCCAUCCAGGUGCUCCCCGUCAACGCAGUGUGGGACAAAAAAGUCAAGAUCACGCAUACAAUCGACCCGCGAAAGCUGCAACUCGGCAACUGCAGCUUCAACAUCGCAACGGAUGCGCUGCUGCUCGUCAUGCCGCUCAUGGUCGUCUGGUCCCUCCAAAUGAGCAAAAUGCACAAACUGGGCGUCAGCGCGAUUUUCUGCCUGGGAGUGCUGACGUUGAUCGCAAGUAUUAUGCGAUGCUACUACACGUUUACGGGCAAAGUCUACCUCGGCAUCCUCUGCCCGUGCCUCGUGACCUUCCGGCCCCUAGUCUGGGGCUCCUACAACUUCUUCUCCUCGUACCUGAACCGGUCCGGGCGGGCGCGCAUGGCGAAAAUCACCGGCGUGGACACAGCCUCGGAUUCAGGCCAGGGCUCCGGCCUCAAAAAAGUCACAGAUCACUCCACAGCCUCCACCGGCUCGCCCUUCCCGCUUUCUAGAAAUCGCAACACGGAGCCGACGCUGCUGUCGUCGAAAUACGGGAAUGGGAAUGGGUUUGGGGAGGGAGAGGGCGAUGUCGAGGCCCAGUUGAGUACGCAUGAGGAUGACGAGAGGGAGUACAAUGGCGCUGCGGGACGUGAUAAGGGGUAUUGGUAUCAUGAGUAUGGUGCGGGUGGGGGCACGGAGAGGGGAAAGGGCGGUAUGGCCGUGAACCAAGAUGUUGCGCUCGCGAACCUGGAUCCGAGAUCUGAGGCGAGGGAUUUGGGCCAGGGACGGACGGAGCGGUUGGGCACGAGUACGCAUGCGGGUGUUGGGGGCGAAGGGGAGAGGAGACGGAAUGUGCCUGAUAGUAGUAUUGGGGUUGAGCGGGGUUGGAGGUUGGAGAGUAGUGAGGGAAGAGCGCGAUGA